GUUAAAUUCGACACUCAUUGUGUCAAAGUAAGCCUUCUGAGAUCGUGUGACCAUUUCAUCAUGGCUUCUCUUAUGCAUAUCCUCACUUUUCUGGCCAUCAUCGGGUCAAUUUGCUCCACUCCAAUAUCCUCAAAAGUAUCUCCCGGCCUGCAAAAAAAAUUUCGCCAGGGACCCACAAGUAAAGUCCUUGUAACUUUCGCCACCGGAACACGUGCCGUUCUGGAUUUUGUGUCUCAAAAUGAGUACCCCGACAGAGACACGUUGCUCUUCUCCCUCGCCACGGCCCUCGACCUCAAUUCCGCACAAUCCCAGUCAUCCGUUCGGAGCUAUCUCUCAACCACCAACUUUACAUUUGAUCCUCUCUGGGUAACGGAUCAACUGUGGAUCAAAGAUGCAACAUUAGAACUUGUCGAAACUCUCGCAGCAUUCCCCGAAGUCGUUGACAUCUCUGAUGACGAAGAUACCUUCUUCCGUAAACCUUCCUCACCGUCCGACAAUUUAUGUGUGGGACGACCUGGCCCUCUUGCAGAGUGGGGUGUGGCCAAGGUGAGGGCAGAAGAAGCUGUUGUCCUCCUCAAGUCCGUCCUCCCAAAUCUCCCAACUAUCCGCAUUGCAACGAUUGACACAGGAGUGAGAUACACUCAUGAGGCCUUGAGAGACAACUAUCUUGGUGACUGGGGGUGGUUUGAUCCGAGUCAAGGGACACCAAUGCCCAACGACGGCAACGGUCAUGGCACGCAUACGACUGGGACUAUAGCAGGCUCCUUGGGAAUCGGCGUCUAUCCUGAUGCUAAAUGGAUGGCUUGUAAGGGAUGCGCGACCAACUUUUGUUCCAUGUACGACCUUAUCAAAUGCGGCCAAUGGGUACUUUGCCCAACCCUUGCUGACGGGACGAGACGUGACUGUUCGAAAGCCCCACAUCUGGUCUCGAACAGUUGGGGAAUUGACUAUAUCCAAGGAACCGAUUGGUUUGAUAAUGUAAUUGAGGCAUGGCAUGUUGGUCACGUACUGCCUGUGUUCAGCAUCGGAAAUUCUGGUCCAAACUGUGCCACGGCUGGUUAUCCUGGAAGUCUCGACGUUAUUGGAGUGGGGUCCACGACCACAGCUGAUGCGAUCUCCUCGUUUAGCAGCGUCGGACCAAGUAUUCACUCCGUCAUGAAGCCUGACAUUUCUGCUCCUGGCAGCGCUGUUGUUUCGGCAUCUCAUACGGCUGAUAAUGCAUACAGGACUCUGUCUGGUACUUCAAUGGCGUGCCCCCAUGUUGCUGGUGUGUCUGCCAUUAUAUUGGCGUUCAAUGAGACAUUGAGUUACGAGGAAGUUAAGGGGACCCUCUUCACUGGGGCUGCUACCAACUUGAUGACCAGUGGAAGGGUAUGCGAUGGAGUUAUCGAUUCUGUUUUUCCGAACCAUGUCUUUGGCCAUGGAAGGGUUGAUGCGCUGGCGUCACUAGAAAGUUUGAUCAACAGGAAAUAAAUCAUGUAACAAAAUGAUGCAUGGAAGUUGGAUAUGUAACAAUAAUUCUUGAAUUUCGGCUAUUUUCCUUCAAAAGAUUAAACAAGUGUUUCGUGAUUCAAAA